AUGAGCUCAUCGGGUGGAGGAGAAGGCAGAAGCCGAGGAGGGGGGAAAGGGAGAGGUGGAGGAGGAGGACGAGGAGGAGGAGGAGGAGGAGGAGAAGGCGCCGCCGGGAGUAGCAGCAGCCGAGGGCGAGGUAGCAAAUCAUCCCGGGGCAGCCGAAGCAACCGAACCUCGAAGCCCGCAUCUUCGACUCCCUCAACGACUGAAGCGACGGCUGCGGCCGCCACCGCUCGGCCGCCACCGCCGCCACCACCACAGUCGGGAACGGCCACCGCGGCCACCGCCGCCGGCAAGCGAGAUGACGGCCUUGUGCCCGGCUCGGGCCUCCUGGCUCUCCAAGCCCUGGCCCCAGCGCAGAAAAAGUCCAAAGCAGACCCGAAAACGCCCACAGCGGCGGCGGUGCCACAACCAAGCGCGGCGCCAACCCCCAAAGGUCGAGCGGGCGGCAGUGCCAGCGGGGGCGGAGGCAGCCGCGGUACCGGUCGCGGGGCGAAGGGCGCAGGCGGGCGGGACACCGGCGGCAAGACAGCAGCGACGACGGCGACGCAGCAAGAGAGGUCGGGCAAGGCUCUCGGUGGUGCUAGCACGGCCGCCGCCCGCGAGAGGGCGGCGGCGGCGUCAACGACGACGGGUGGCCGGCGAAAUUUCGCGGCAGCUGCGGCGGCCGCGGCCAAGGGGACGUUGUCGUCAAGCGCGCGGGGGGGCAAGCCGGAGAAAGACGGGGCUACCAGCGGUGAUCGAGGAGGGGGCGGGAGGAAACCCUCUGGCAAGGGUACCGGCGCACGGCAGCUCUCCGAGGAGGAAGAGGGAGAGAGGUCGAGAGAGGCGGCGAAGCAGCUUGCCGCUCAGAAGGAGGCGCGAAAGAGGGCCGAGGAAGAGCGCCGGCGGAAGGCGGAGGAAGACCGCAAGGCGGCCGAAGAGCAGCGCGCUCGGCGAGAGGCCGAGGAGAAAGAGCGGAAGCGCAAGGCCGAAGCCGAGGCGCGCAGGAAAGACAUCGAGGACAAGAAAGCCGCGGAGGUCAAGAGGAAGGCGGAGGAGAAGAAAAGGAAGGCGGAAGAGGCGCGGCGGAAGGCCGCGGACGAGGCCCGGAAGGCUAGGGAGGAGGCCGAGCGGAAGGCUAGGGAAGAGCGCAAGGCGGCCGAGAGGGCGGAGAGGGAGGCCGCAAAGGCGGCGGAAGAGGAGCGGCGGCAGAAGGAGGAGGAACAGGAGCGCGUGAGGCGGGAGUUCGAGGCCCAGCUGGAGGCGGUGUCCCAGCUAGACUUGCUGCAGAAGGAGGAACGAGCCAGGCGGGAGCUGCGGGAGAAGCACACGCCGGAGGCCCUGAAGGCGUCGAGGGACGCCCACGAGGCCAACAAGCCCAAGCUCAAGUCCGACCUGAAGAAGACGACCGCCUUCACGAAGAAGGUCAAGGCCCUGUCGGAGGACCAGAGGUCUGCUCUUACCAAGGACGUGGAGACGCUCAACCUUAACCGUUACGUGAGCGAGGUGGUCGACGCCGUGGCGGAGAACAGGCUCAAGAACGCCGACGUUUCGGUGGCGGUGCACCUGUGCUGCCUCAUGCACCAGAGGUACGCCGAGUUUGCUGAGGACCUGAUCCCGAAGCUGGCGGCUCCCUUUCUGUCGGCCCCGGGCGGGGAAGAAGAGCGAGAGGAGAAGGAGCUACUACGACGAAAGAGGUCGAACCUACGGCUGUUGACGGAGUUGCACGCUUCGGGCGUUUUCGACGGAAGCCGCCUCAUCGUCAGGAUCGUCCGCUCUCUGUGCGGCCUGGAGGGCAAGGACGGAAAGCGGCAGCGGCCAGGUCCGGGUGAUGCUGCCAGGCGGCCCGACCACCAGACCGUCACCGCGGCGCCGCCCCCCUUGCGGGAGGCUGAUGUCACCCUCCUCGCUGGCUUUGUCCGGGCGGCCGGAGAGGACAUGGUCGGAGUUUUGCAGCGCAAGACGGCCGGCAUGCUAAAGCUGGCGGGGGAGAUGGGCAAGCUUGAGCGGGAACCGGUGGUCGAUGCGGACGUCAAGGGGCGCCUCAGGUCCCUCGUGGACGGAGUGUUCGACGCGCUUUGCUCUCACCUGGAGCGGGGUCACGAGCAGCUGGGGCGCUUGGAGAAGAAGAUGGAGAAGGACCGCCUGACGAACGGCACCCUGACGGAGGAGAAGGAGAGAAACUUGGAGGAGAGCCGGAAGGGCUACGAGGCGUUGCUGGGAAAUGUCACCUCCCUGGCGUCUUCUCUCAACAGGGACAUGCCGCAGCUACCCGAGCACGAAGCGGAGGAGGAGGGUUCCGGAGGCAUCAGUCUGUGGGAAGGCGGCGUGGGCGGAGACGGCACGGGCUACACCGGGCCGUUCGAGGAGUCGGAGAGGGAGGAGGAGAGGAGGCUGCAGAAGGAGAGGAGCGCCGGUGAUGCCGAAGGUGAGGGAGGAGGAGAAGAAGCGGAGGUGGAAGAGGAGGACGACAAGACGCUCGUCGAGGAAAUGAAGCGGCUGGAGGUGGUGGCGGAGGAGGGGGAGGAAGAGGGGGCGGGUACCGAUGACGAGGAGGAAGAAGGGGAAGAGGGGGAGGAGGGGGAGGAGGGGGAGGGAGAAGGCGGCGAGUACAUGAGCCGCAACUCGCGGCUGAUGCUCAUGCUGGAAGACGAGCUGCCGAACUGCCACAACCAGGAGAGGGUGGACGAGUUUGCGAAGAAGUUCUGCUACGUCAACAGCAAGUCGGCGAGAAAGAAGCUAGUGGCGGCGCUGUUCAACGUGCCAAGACAGGCGCGAGACCUGCUGCCCAUGUACGCUAGGCUGGUUGCCAUCCUCGACCAGGCUAUGAAGACAAUAGCGCCCCUUCUCAUCGAAGAGCUGAGGAGCCACUUCAGGUACUUCUUGCGGAAGAAGGCGCCAGGGCAGAUCGACCACCGCAUCAAGAAUGCCCGCUUCAUCGGAGAGCUGGUCAAGUUCAGGGUGGCGCCUCCCGUGGUGGCGUUCCAGUGCCUUAGGUCAUGCCUGGACGAUUUCAGCUCCCUCGCCGUGCAGACGAUGGCGGCCCUCUUGGAGACCUGCGGAAGGUUUCUCUUCCGGCAGAAGCUGACCCACCAACGCACGCGGAGCUUCCUGACGGUGAUGAUGAAGGUCAAGAGUGCCAAGAACCUCGACAAGCGCCUGGAGGCCGUCGUGGACAACGCCUUCUACACUUGCUGUCCGCCCGAAAGACAGCAGAGGACCGCGAAGGUAAGGACUCCCCUCCAGCUGUACGUGCGGCACCUGAUGAUGGACAAGCUGAGAGACGACCCGGACGUCGUGGAGGAGGUCAUCAAGCAGCUUAGGAAGCUGCCGUGGCAGGACCCGGAGGCCGAUGUGGAGUCAGAGGUGCUGCGCGCGUCCCUGCGGCUCUGCCGCUCCCGCUACCCGUGCAUUCACCUGGCGGCAGACGUCCUCUCGGGCCUUGCACGGCAUCAGGACAGGGUGGCCGUCAAGGCGGUCGACGCGGUUCUGGAGGCCAUGCACAGGGCGAUAGAGUUGCCCGGCGGGGGCGGCGGGGAGUCCCAGCGACUGGUGGGGUACGCGCGUCUCCUUGGGGAGCUGUACAACUACGCCGUCGUCGGCUCUCCGACGAUUUUUGAAACGCUCCACCUUCUCGUCGACAGCGGCCACGAGGUGCCCCCGGAGAUGAAGCAACCCAGACCCGACCCCAGGAAUCCCACGAGGGGAGCAAUGAUUCCUCCCGCCGCGGCCCCAUGGGCGAGGUUUGACCCACGAGUGCGCUCCCCGACAGACCCCCCAGGAGAUUGCCUCCGCAUUCGGCUGGUGGUAGCAGUGUUGGAGGGGUGCGGGAGCUACUUCGUGCGCGGUGCGGGGCUGGACAAGCUGUCCAAGUUCUUGGGAGUGUUCCAGAGGUACCUGUUCUGCAAGGAAGGGUUUCCGGCGGGGACCGAGUUCGCCGUGCUGGACCUCCUGGAUGACUUGGAGUCGGGUGCAAAGGCCGCCAGGGCUAAGGACAGGGCGAAGGCGAGGAAAGCAGCGCAGGAGGCCGAAGCAAAAGGUCGUGGUCAACGAGACGGAGGCAAGAAGGACAAGGGGGCGGCGGCGGAGGAGGAGGAGAAAGACGACGGUCCUAUCCUGCCCAGAUAUCGUACGUGGGAGGAGGCACAAGCGGCCGUUGAGGAAAUGGACAAGGUCUGGGCGGAGGACCACAAACGACGCAUGUCCCGAGUUGCCGAGCUUCAGGGAAGAAGAGAUGCGGAGGGGGAAGACACGCCGGAGGAGAUCGGGACGGACGAUGACGACGAUGAUGAUGACGAUGAUGAGGACGAAGAGGAAGGAGGGUCAGGGUCUGAGGCUGAAGAAGACGGCAACGACGUGGACUCGCAAAGACAGAGGGACGAUGUAGACGAAGGAGAUGACGGAGAAGACGAGCAGGAGGUGGUUCUGAACGGGUGGGGUGUGGGGGUGGAGAGGACGGAGGAGGACGGUGAAGCGGAGGACGAGUUCGAGGCGCUGCUGAGCAAGACCAUGUCGGAGAGCGUGGAGAAGACCAAGAUCGCUAGGGCCACCACCCAGGUGAUGGGCCACAUGGCGGUGCCAAGGGUGCUCAAGAACACCAACGUCCGGACGGCCACUCACCAAGCGCCGCUCACAGGCGGGUCGGGCGUGGCGUUCAAGCUGCUCAAGCGCGGCAACAAGGGCAAGAUGGAGGCUCAGGAGGUGGUGGUGCCCGAGUCGACGUCGCUAGCGGCGCAAGUGAACCGCAACGAAGAGGCCAGUCGAGAGGAGAGCUUCAUCAUCAAGGCUAGGGUAUUAGCCUACGAGGCGAACAUCGAGGCGGCCGUUUUUGCGCAGGAUGCGGGCGAGAUUCCACUGCCAGAGGACUACACCCAGUUCAUUCCGAAGGUGCACAAUGCCCCGCUUCACCCAGAAGGGGGGAAGGCAUCCACGAAGUCCGGCGGGCGCGGUGGCAGUGGCGGCGCCGGACGCGGGGGGGGGAGAGGGGGGGGUCGGGACCUCCUGGCUCAAACCAGCGGCGGUGGAGGUGGAGGGGGUAGGAGGCGAUGAGCACAACGGCGGGGACCCAUUUUCCUGAGGCCGGCGGUACCGCUGUUGUUUUCUCUCUCUCUCGUAUGUUGAUCGUUUGAGUUCCCGUCGUCGUCGUCUCUCCACGAGCGAAAAUCCCCGCCUGUGCCUUUGGCCGUGAGUUUUGGUUCGGGAUGAAAGGGCGCUCUUGUUGUGCCUCAGAGCUGCUACUGCCGGUGCGCUACAAAGUGUGAGCUUGUCCCGCGCGGAACAAGCACGGCAGGACCGCAACAACGACAUGUCAACCCCCUCGCUCGGAAGCAUCCGAGACAACGAGUCGAUUCGGUUCGACUACGCAAGAGAGAGGAACGGGACAGGCUGGGUGAAAACUCAUAUUUAGAGCAAUUCACGCCGUUUUGCUGGAGUUUUUUGUGUUCCCCCCGGCGAAAAAAGGCACCUGGCAACGGCGUUUGCUCAGAGCGAGAAAUGCUGCGACACUGCUGCUGCUGCUGCUGCUGCUGCUGCUGCUGCUGCAUCGCUUGACGAAGCCUUGCUCGGGUGUUGGCAUUACGAUGUGCCAACGCGCCCUUCCCUAACCUGCUUCGUUGGAUGCGGAGUAGACCGGGCGCGGGGUGUGUGAAACGGUACUGGCAGUGUUUUGUUGGGGGUAGUCUGGAAAAUCGCUUCGGGGGUGCCGCCUUCUGCCGCCGCACGUUGUUGGAGCG